UCCUUCAACCUCCGAAAAAUUCCACUUUAUUUCCAUCAAAACUCUCCCCACUUGGUAUUGAAUAGUGUAUCCGUCGGUUUUAUCACCAGAAUACCUAUGAGAUAGUGGUUGACCUAUCGAAUGCCUUCUUCAUUACUUGAAAAGAUAUGCAGUAUCUCUUAGCUUUUUCUUGAAAUUGAAAAUCUUUCCUUUUUAACCAUUCACUAUCCAAAUCUACUGAUUCAACUAAUCCGAUUCGUGCCCACUAGUUUCACUAAGGAAGUAAACUGUUCCAUAUCAAGAAGUUCUUCGUUCCUAGAGGUUUGAACCUCAAACCUCUUAACGGUGAAAAUUAAAAAGAUGGCAGAAGUUGAAGUUCCUGACUAUUUUCUUUGUCCAAUCUCAAUGCAAAUGAUGAGGGAUCCAGUCACAACAUCAACUGGAAUAACCUAUGAUAGAGAAAACAUAGAGAAGUGGCUAAUCAAGUUCAAGAACACAACUUGUCCAGUCACCAAACAAGAGUUGUUGACCAUUGAUCUUACCCCUAACCACACUCUCCGCCGUCUGAUCCAAUCUUGGUGCAUCAUGAAUUCUUCCAAUGGUGUUGAACCAAUUCCAACUCCAAAGCCUCAAGUAACAAAAAUCCAUGUUUUAAAACUCCUUAAAAAAGCUAUGGAAUCCCCAGAAAUACAACUUUCUUGCUUGAGGAAACUUAGAUCCAUUGCCCAUUCAAGUGAGAGCAACAAGAAGUGUUUAGAAUCAGUUGGGGUUAUUGAUUUCUUAGCUUCAAUUAUAAAAAAGAAAGAGGUGGCUUUUGUUGAAGACUCAGAGUAUGUGUCAUAUGAUAUUGUUUCGCGAAAAAUUCUCCAUACGCCAAUGGAGUUAACUAAGGCAAGUGAUGAAGCAUUGGAUAUUCUCUUCCAUCUCAAUCUCUCUAAUGAAGAUUUAAAAAAGUUCAUCUCUCAAGAUGAACUUUUCUUGGAUUCUUUAUUGCAUUUCUUGAAAUGUGGGAAUAACCAAUCUCGAGCCUAUGCAAUAACCCUAUUAAAAUCAGCUUUCAAUGCAGCUGAUCCAGGGUUUUUAAUUGGUGUAAAACAAGAAUAUUUUAAAGGAAUAUUGUCUGUUUUAAAAACCAAAAUCACACAACAAGCUACUAAAGCUGCACUUAAAUUACUAGUGGAACUUUGUCCAUGGGGGAGAAAUAGAAUCAAAGCAAUUGAAGUUGGAGCAGUUUCAACCCUAAUUGAGCUACUUCUUGACACAAAUGAAAGAAGAUCAUGUGAAUUGAUGUUAACAAUUUUACACCAACUUUGCAGCUGCGCCGAGGGCCGAGCUGAGUUAUCGAGCCAUGGGGCUGGAGUCGCCAUUGUUUCGAAGAAAAUUCUUAGGGUUUCUCAAGUGGCAAGUGAUAGGGCAGUGAGGAUUCUUUCUUCUAUUUCGAAAUUCUCGGCGAAUUCUAGGGUUCUUCAAGAGAUGUUGCAAGUGGGAGUUGUGUCAAAGUUGUGUUUGGUGCUUCAAAUGGAUAGUUGUUCAAAGACCAAGGAUAGAGCUAAAGAAAUUCUAAGGUUACAUUCUAGGGUUUGGAGAGAUUCUUCUUGUAUUCCUCCUUAUUUGCUAUCUUCUUAUCCUUCAUAAAAGAAAAUUGAUU